GUUUGGGAACUUUCUCAGUCCAAGAUUACUGAAUAUACUAUAUCUCCUGCCGACUUUGGACUUCCAGAACAUCCAAUAAGUUCUGUAGUUGGAGGUACAUCAGAGGAAAAUGCAGCGAUUUUGGAAAAAUUACUUAUGGGAAAAUACGAGGGACCAAUCUUAGAUUUUGUCUUGCUAAAUUCCGCCGCAGUGCUGGUGGUUGCAGAUAAAGUUAAAGACUUUAAAGAAGGUGUGAAAUUGGCUCGGGAAAGUAUUAAAAGUGGUAAAGCACUGGCAGCCUUGAUUGAUUUCAGAGACGCCCUUGAUCGUGCACAUAUACCAUCAGAAAAUGGUCUGUUAUAA